UAUAUUCCAUUAUUCGAAAAUCGUUCUUCAGUACGUAAUUCUUUUUCUUUAAAUCGAUCAUUAAACUAUAAAAUUUCAUAAAAUGUUAAAAUUUUCGAAGUUUCAAUAUUGUAAAUUUAUGAUUGAUAUGAAGCCGAAUAUAAAAAGCUAUCUAAGUAAUAGAAAUAUUCGCCAUUUUCAGUCAAUUCGAAUUAUAAAAAUUUGCCCAAAGAAUUUCUGUAUCUUCCAGAGGAAUUUCUUCUAUGAAUAUUACUGGAUGAAUGCACUGACUAAAAGUAUUAAUAAUAAAUACAAGUCACUUAAGCAGCCCGAAGAUAAAAUUCAAUGCAUGUACGUGUGGAUUGAUGGAAGCGGAGAGCAUCUAAGAGCUAAAACCAAGACUUUAAAUUUCGUACCUAAAACGGUUAAAGAACUACCAAUCUGGUCUUUCGAUGGUUCAAGUACAAAUCAAGCUAAAGGAAUCAAUUCUGAUAUAUAUUUACACCCCGUUGCUUUAUAUAAAGAUCCAUUUCGGCGUAAUAAUAAUAGAUUGGCGCUAUGUGAAACGUACAAUUAUGACCACACACCUACUAAAACAAAUAACAGAAAAUCUUGUAAUGAAGUAAUACAAAAAAUAACGAAUGAGAAACCGUGGUUCGGAAUGGAGCAGGAAUUCACCUUACUCGGUGUCGAUAAACAUCCACUUGGUUGGCCUAAAAAUGGUUACCCGGAACCCCAAGGACCUUACUAUUGCGGUGUUGGAGCAAAUAGGAUUUUUGGGAGAAACAUUAUAGAAUCUCAUUAUAGGGCAUGCUUAUAUGCGGGUAUAAAUUUAACUGGUACAAAUGCCGAAGUUAUGCCAGCUCAGUGGGAAUUUCAAAUAGGACCUAACGAAGGAAUAACGAUUGCUGACGAUUUAUGGAUGGCCAGAUUUAUUUUGCACAGAAUUGCAGAAGAAUAUAAUGUAAUCGUCUCUCUGGAUCCGAAACCUGUUAUCGGCGAAUGGAACGGAGCUGGAAAUCAUACUAAUUUUAGCACAAAAGCAAUGAGAGAAGAAAAUGGCAUUAGAGUUAUAGAAGAAGCUAUUGAAAAAUUACGAAAGAAGCACAAAGAGCAUAUCAAAGUAUACGAUCCCAAAGAAGGCAAAGAUAACGAACGUAGAUUAACAGGAAAACACGAAACUUGCAAUAUUAAAGAAUUUAAAUGGGGUAUUGCCGAUAGAGGAGCUAGCAUCAGAAUAACACGAGCUGUGGCAGAGAGCAAGAAAGGCUAUCUAGAAGAUCGAAGACCUUCCUCUAAUUGUGAUCCUUAUUCCGUAGUCGAAAUUAUUAUUAGAACAAUCUGCUUAAAUGAAUAAAUUUUAUACAAUAUUUGAUUAA